GACGCUAAAGCGAACGUUACUGUGUAAUUACGCUGGCUUCUUGAUAAGUUUGUUUAUAGUUUAAUCUUGUUUGGUGGUGUAGGAUUCAGCUGUGUUCGUGUGGCGCAGCAGAUAAUUGACGGCGGUCGCGAUUGGCGUUUCUCGCGGAAACUAAAAUUGCCAUCGUUCGCGAUUACCACGUUCGUGGCAACUGGAGAAGUGUUAUAAAAUAAAAGAACACAACUAACGAAUGAAAUAAUCAACUAUCCAUUGGUGUAGCGAUAUCGAAUUGCGCGUCCCAGAAAACAUCGUACGAGAUGUUUUUGUGGAGAAUGCGUUCUCUGCUGCUGCUGCUGUCGCUGCUGGUGGCCGUGACGACGGUGGUGCGUUCGGAGGAACAACCAAAUCCUGCCGUCGAGAAUGAGCAGCAAGUGACCACAGGCGGUUCGACUGGGGCCGACGAAGAAGUACAGAACCGAUUGGCAACAGGGCUACGCUUGGAACAUGAGCUGGUCAAAGAACAAGCCGAUGCCCCGUCGACGGUAAAUGGAAGCAGUGAGGGUGGUAUCGUGGCCAUCCACGUCGACGCCGUCGGCGGCAAGGAGCAGUUGCGGCCAACAUUGCGAGGAUUGUCCUACCUGGCGACAAAGUUCCUGCCCCGCGAGUAUAAAUUCGUCGAAAUUCUGUCGGCGACCCGCGAGGUCGUCGCCGGUGUGCGGUACGAGCUGAUCGUCGGCACCGAAGAGGAAGCCAAUGCGCAGGCAAAGCAUCUUUGUCGCUUGGUGAUCCUCGAAAAGCCCUGGAUAACGACGGAGUACGGUGAAAAGUAUCGUACGCUUGAGUACACCAACUGCACCACGAAUGGGGACAAUACGGUACCUGCGGUGGAGGUGGUCACCCAGCUCAAUCCAGCAUUCGAUGCAAACCUUCGUGCCACCGAGGACAUUACGCCCCAACGGGAGGCAGAGCUGGAGCAACAGAUCAUCGUCGAGAAGGUGGAAGUGCUCGAAAUGACGUCGCCAUCGGCUGAUUUGGAAGCGACAUCUCAAAUUCCCACUGUGGUCACAACGGAGAGCGAAGGUUUAAGUGACGCAGCCAAGGCCGCCAUAGACGAUCUGUUUAGCUUUGUGGCUGCCCCACAGACACAGCAAGCUGGUGUUGCGCCGCAGACGAAUCGGGCGGAAGUGAUCGAAGAAACGAUCGUACCGAUUCGAAUUACACCCGAACGGUCUGAGGCAACCGCUAGUACGACGACGACGACAACAACGUUGGCACCGUUAGACCAACAGGUCCAGUCCACCUUCGACGAGGUGUUUAAGACUCAUCAGGAGAUUCAGAAAGCACUCGACGAGGUGAUCGUCAACGGUGGUGGUCGCGAUGCGCAGAUAAAGUACCGGCCGGUGUUUGAUUCACUGCUGCAGAAGGUGAAGGCCAGCAUCGAUAACUAUUACCGCACGACCAACGGUGGCGACGCGAACGUCGAUACGGCCGCAUUCGUUGUGCGGGACAAUGCUGGCUUCCAGCGAAGGUCGACAACGGUACGUCCUCGGCCCAGCAGCGAACAAUCGUCCGCGGAAAGUGACGAGGGCAAUCUUCAGCAAAAAUCGAAACCACAGCAGCACGGACAACAGCCAGCAUCGCCAGAGGUGAAUCUACGGCCCCCGAAGGUCGAUGCACCGACGGCCACGUUUGCCGUCGAAUCGGAUGAGGAAGAGGAUGGUCAGCAGAUACUCACCAAGGAGCAGCUGAUUCGCGAUCUCAACGAGGAUGAUGGACUGCUGCAGCGCGUGAAGAAACGAUCGAUCUAUUCCUCGUCCGAGGAAUCAUUCGGUGGUAUCUUUACUCCACUGAAGGCUGCUAUCCAUCGCGCGAGGAGAUAUCCGUAUGGUGACCAUUCGGUGUCCUUAUCAUCAGGAUCCAACGAGGACCGACGUAAGCGGCCGGGAAAUUACCGUGGGAAACGCGAUGUAACGGAGCAGGCGAAACAGACGGAUGCAACAAACCCAAAACUUGCGACUGAUAACGAAAAUGUGCAUGCUCCAUCAACUGCACCACCAUCUCUCGAAGUCGUUGUUCCGUCAGAAAAGACGGUUGAAGUAAAGGAUGUUUCCGCAGCAACCACCACUGCAACACCAACAAACACAAAGUCAAAAGAAACGGCUGCAGAACAACACAGCCUUCAUUCCUCUAGUGCCGCGUCGCUCGAUAAAUCCACCGAAGAGGAAGCUGAAAAGCUGACAAAAGAAGAACUAGCCAAGCAGCUAAACGCCGACGAAGGACAUCAAAGGGAUAAGCGUGACUUUUCUGGCGGGUUCUCGGGCGGAGGAUUCUCCGGUGGAGGCUUUGGCGGUUUCUCCGGUGGAAGCUUCGGCGGAGGUUCGUACAGCGGUGGUGGUUACUAUGGCGGCGGUUACUACGGUGGUGGUUACUAUGGUGGCGGUUACUACGGCGGUGGCUACUACAAUCCCUAUCGCAGGCGAGGUGGUUACGGUUACCGACGGCCCUACGGUGGAUAUUACGGUGGAUACUAUCGUGGCAAGCGUAGCGUUCCUGCGGACGAGCUGCCAGCGGAUGUUGAGAAUGAAUCUGAAGCAGUGCCAACUGUUCCGAAUGGUGAAGCUUCACCCACACUGAAAUCGGCCAUACCUCAAGCGCCGGUCAUCGAGGGUGUCACAAUGACUUUCGGAGACUCGGAUGAAGACGGUUCUGUGCCAACCCUGACGAAGGAACAAAUCACCGAGCAAUUAAAUGCUGACGAUGGUCUGCGUCGUGACAAACGUGGUUACUCUUCGUCAUUCGAUGACUCGUCUGGAGGCCAUCGUGGUGGAUAUUACGGCGGUGGAGGCUACUACGGUGGUGGCUACUAUCAGCAUCCCUCGUACUACAAUCGUCCUCCACCUUACUACUACGGACACUAUCGGGGGAAGCGAAGCAGUACGAAUUCGGAAGCCGGUUCGUCAGUGAUCGAUCUGAACGAUCCCGUUCAAGAGUCUACGAUCAAAGCGAUCGCACGGGAUGCCAUCGAGCGGCUGGACCAGAUGGAUGCGGACGCCUACCAGCGGAUGUUGCUGGAGGUACUGGAGGCAAAAAAGGUUUCCGAGAGAGCCGACAAAAAGCGUUCCACGUAUGUGCUGACGUUGCUGACGGCCAACUCACACUGUGCCGAAGGGGAGAGCAAAGAUUCGAAGUCUUGCCGGGAUUUACUGAUGGCGGACACUACCAAACAGUGUACCCUGGAGGUACAUGUGAUUAAAUCAAAUGAUGAUGACUCUCAACAGGUACAAGUAACUAAAUCUAAAUGUCAAAAACAGCAAUCUCCCCGGCAAUUAGGUGGAUUCGUCGGUGGAGCAACACCCGUCGAUCUUUCGGAACCGGAACACGCCGAACGCAUUCGUGUUGGUUUGGUCGGGUACGAGAAUGGGAAGCACAGCAACUUUGAAAUUCUGCAAGGAACGGUCCAGAUCGUUGCCGGAACUAUCUAUCGCUACACGAUUGCGCUGAAGAGCAGCAAGGAAAAGGAGUACGGAACGUGUGAUGUUGAAGUAUUCACGCCACUGCCGUCCGCAGCCGAUCAGCAACCGGAAUACAAAUUCGACUGCCAGCAGGAUGCUGAGCAUCAUCAUCGAGGCCGUCGCGAGGAACCGGUCCCACCCAAGAAGGUUCACAAGUUGCGCAAGACUGGUGGUGCGCACGAGCUAACGCCGGAAGAGUACGGCAAGGAGGAGCAUCAGACGCGCAUUCGUACCGGCUUGCAACAGCUUUCAGCGCUGGCGAACUCCAACGGUGUCGAGCGGAAGGUAAAAAUUGUCAGCGCUAGUCAGCAGCUCGUCGCUGGCAAAUCGUACACCUACCGGCUCACCUUCCCGGACGACGAAGAGAAGCGCGUCUGCAAGCUGACCGUUUGGGAGAAACCCUGGCUGAAGGAGAAGGCACCGGAGGAAGCGUUCAAGGCGACGUUCGACUGUGGUGAGACCGGCGGUGUUAAGCGAACGAAGCGUAGCUUCUGUGCCGGAUGCCCGUCUACCUUGCCGACCGAAGAGUAUGGCAACAGUGAGCAUCAGGAGCGUAUCAACAAGAUUCUGUCAUUCCAUGGUGUCGCACGGGAAAGCUCGCUGAAGGUCAUCAAUGCCACCAGCCAGGUGGUUGCCGGUAUGAAGUACACCUACUUCGUCGAACACAGCCAAGGUGUCUGCAAGCUGUCCUCCUGGGAGCGCGCCUGGUUGGCCGAAACGGACCCCAACGAAGCGUACAAGUACAGCUACGAGUGUACCGCCAAGUCUCGCAAACGUCGCUUGGUUCCGGGUGGCAUCCGAUCGCUAUCAAAGGACGAGCUGACCGAUACCGAGCACGUGCAGCGCGUCGAUAAGAUUCUGGUGUCAUACGGAGGUGCGAAGGGAUCAUCUAGUGCCCGGAUCUUGGGAGGUACUGUGCAAAUUGUAUCCGGAAAGCUCUACAAGUACGCGGUCGAGUUCGACCUGACCGAGGGUGAAAGCGGCAGCAGCAGCAAGGUGUGCAAGUUGUCCUCCUGGGAGCGGCCCUGGCUCGAGAAGACAGACCCGACGGAAGCUUUCAAGUACACCGUGGCCUGCCCGGACGAGCAACGGUCGGUAGCAAAUGCACGUAAGCGGCGUCACGCCAAAAAGGUUGGCAGCUCGAACGAGCUAACGGCGGAGGAGCUGAAAGAUAGCUCGCACGUCGAGCGCAUCAAAGCCGGCAUGGUGACGUACAACGCGGAACGGUCCAAAGCUUACAGCGAGUUUGAGAUUCUGGCCGGUUCAACGCAGCAGGUGGUCGGAUCACUAUACAAGUACACCUUCCGUGUGACCAGCGAACCGGACAUUGUGUGCAAGAUUUCCAUCUGGGAACGCGUUUGGCUGGAAUCGCAGGAACAACGCAAGUACAACGUCAAGUGCACCGGAGACGACGAUACGGAGCAGCAGCCGGACGCUAAACCCCAGCAGGAAUCAUCGGCUUCGACGGUGGCGACAACUGUCCACCGUAGAUCGGUACGAUCAUUGAAGAUCGACGACGACGAACACGUGCGCCAGCAGUUCGAAAAGUUUAAGAUUCGCCACCAACGCCAGUACGCCAGUUCGAUGGAGCACGAGAUGCGCUUCAACAUUUUCCGCAACAAUCUGUUCAAAAUCAACCAGCUGCAACAGUUCGAGCGAGGCACGGCAAAGUACGGCGUGACAAAGUUUGCCGACAUGACUUCGGCCGAAUACCGUGCGCACACGGGGCUGGUCGUACCGAAGCAUCAUCAGCACGGCAACCACAUUCGCAACCCGGUCGCACGGGACGAGGAUGUUGCCGGAAUGGGCGACCUGCCAGAAUCGUUCGAUUGGCGCGAUCAUGGGGCCGUGACCGAUGUUAAAGAUCAGGGUAGCUGUGGAUCCUGCUGGGCGUUCAGUGCGAUCGCAAACAUCGAAGGACAACAUCAGAUCAAGACGGGCAAGCUGGAGUCGUACUCGGAACAGGAGCUGCUCGACUGUGACAAGGUGGAUAAUGGGUGCGGUGGAGGCUACAUGGACGAUGCUUUCAAAGCUAUCGAGACUAUUGGUGGCCUCGAGCUGGAGAGCGACUAUCCGUACCGGGCGAAGAAGGAAAAGUCUUGCCAGUUCAACAAGACCCUAAGCCACGUCCAGGUCAAGGGUGCGGUCGAUAUGCCGAAGAAUGAAACGUUCAUUGCACAGUACCUGGUCAAGAAUGGACCGAUCGCGAUCGGUUUGAAUGCGAACGCGAUGCAGUUCUAUCGUGGUGGUAUCUCGCAUCCAUGGCAUCCACUGUGCAGCCACAAGUCGAUCGAUCACGGUGUGCUGAUCGUCGGCUACGGCGUCAAGGAGUACCCGAUGUUCAACAAAACGCUCCCGUACUGGAUCAUCAAGAACUCUUGGGGACCGAAAUGGGGCGAGCAAGGCUACUAUCGUAUCUUCCGCGGCGAUAACUCGUGCGGUGUGAGCGAGAUGGCCUCGUCGGCAAUAGUCGCAUAAACCGUUUGCAGUGCGUUGAUAAACUUUCGUAUACAAUUUUUAUACUCGUUUUUCAAACUCUCAUGUACACCUAUAUACAUUAUAUAUAUAUAUACACUGCAGCUUCGGUUAUCCGGGCAUUCGACCAUCCGGUUAACGUGUUUUCCGUGCAUCACGUAGAAAACUGGCAAUUUUACGAAAGCAGAUAACUAAUGACCCAAAUAAUACGGAAUUUGCAACGUUGUUAUUGGCUUAGUUUGAACCCUGGUAGUUUUAUUUGUUAAAACCUUCAUUACGUAACACUCGAUUUCCCAUUUUUGUCAUCAGAAACACGAGACCGAGACCCGGUAUAAUGGAAACUGCAAUGUAUCACAUUUUAAGAUAUUUUUAGCGUGCAGUUGAAAGUAAUAAAAAAAAUAAUCGAGAAUGUAUC